AUGGACCCCACAAUCCUGGACCAGUGUCCAUCCACGGUGACGGUGCGGCGUAACCCUCACCGUAGAGCGAGGCCGUUAACUACUCCGGCAACCGCAGCAGCCGGAAUUCCAACUCCGUCAUGUACAACUGUGCCUAAAGUCCCUUUCCCGACGGAAGAGAUCCUCUCCAUGGACAUAUCCAACUCGAAACCCGACCCGGAGAAUCUCCGAGUCUUCCUCCGAAUUCGACCUCUGCUGAAGCCCUCGGACAAACGGAGCGGCGUCGCCGGAGAUUCGAAGGCCAGAUCCAAGAACGUGUGGCCGCAAAACCCUAGGAACGCGGCGAGAGAGCAACAGAAGAAGAAGAAAAGCCCUAGCGCCGAGGUCUGUGUCAAGGUGAACAGUGCUCGCUCGGUGACGGUGUCGCCGCCUCUAGCCUUGCAGGAGCCUAAUCGGCUCAAGUCUGAGGUCUACGAUGGGUUCUCACACGUCUUCUCCCCCGAUUCCUCUCAGGAAGAGGUGUAUGAGACGAUGGUUAAGCCUCUGGUAGAGGAUUUUUUGAGGGGGAAGAGUGGAAUGUUGGCAGCAAUGGGGCCUAGUGGCUCCGGCAAGACUCAUACAGUCUUCGGUUGCCCGAGGGAGCCCGGAAUGGUACCCCUUGCGCUUCAACACAUAUUUAAGCGAGCUCGGGGUAGCAGUACCGAGUCUCCGAGGUCAUUUUUCAUAUCGAUGUUUGAAAUAAGUACUGAAAAAGGUAAAGCAGAGAGAUGGAUUGAUUUAUCUCCGAAUGGGGGUGAAAUAACCAUGCAACAAUCUAAUCUGAAAGGCCUACAAGAGAUAGCCAUUUCUGAUGCUCGACAGGCAGAAUCCUUAGUUGCUCAGGCAAUGCAAAAACGUGCCACUGCAACAACAAAUUCAAACAGCCAGUCAAGCCGGUCACAGUGUAUUAUUAACAUCCGAGGUGUUGCCCACAAGUUUGAUGGAGGGGAUAACAAUAAACCAAAUGAAGUUGUCCUGAGUAUUGUUGACCUUGCUGGAGCUGAAAGAGAAAAGAGAACUGGGAAUCAGGGAGCAAGGUUGCUAGAAAGUAAUUUCAUCAACAACACAUCAAUGGUUUUUGGCUUGUGCUUGAGAUCCUUAUUGGAGCAUCAGAAGAACCCUAAGAAGCCAAUGCAAAAGCACUUUCAGAACUCAUUGGAUUCUGUUACUGAUGCUAUGAUAUCUGGACAGUUGACCAAGUACUUAAGAGACUAUUUGGAAGGCAGGAAGAGGAUGUCAUUGAUCUUAACAGUCAAAUCAGGUGAAGAAGAUUAUCGUGAUACAUCUCACCUGCUAAGACAGGCCUCACCUUAUAUGGAAAUCAAGUUUAAUAAUGCUGAAGACUCUUCAAAUAUUCCUAACAAACGUCAUAUACAGACUUUGUCUAGAACUGAGCACCAUAAAAGAAUGAAAUUAACAGGUUCUGAGUCUUGUAUGAUUGAACAAGAGAAAAGCAUCGAAACUGAAGCUGGAGCAACCAAGGAAGUGGCACAAAGAAUCUGCAAGUCGGAAAUGAGUGGUGGUCCAAAACUGUGUUAUGUUGAUGCCGCAGAUGGAGAGAGAAACCAUCAGAUUAUGCAGAGUUUUGCUAAAACUAUAUGGAAUGUCUUGAAGGAGUAUAACAAAAAACUAAAGGUGGCGAAUAACGAAAUCAAGAAUCUCAGGGAAAGUCUCAUGACUGAAAAAACAAGACAUCUUGAGCUGGAAAAAGAGCUGACAGAUAUCAAGUCCUGCUGCACAUGCUCCCACAUAAAAUCCAAUGUUGAUCAGGUUUCCUACUCAGGCAGAUGUGACAACAAUGGCAGACCCAAAAGAUUGGACUCGGCUUCAAAAGAGGAUGACAAAAUUUUCUCUGAGGUGCAGGGCUUUGGGUGUGUUGACAAUGGACCUGAUGUUAAUGCCGCUAUGAUUCAGAGCCAUACUGAUGAAAAACAAUUUGAUGCUACUGUGAAAACUUCGGAUGUUGGCGAUGAUAGUAAUCCGUGCCUUGGACCUGGAAACACAGACCACUGGAAUCACCAGAUAUGCGAGGGCAUCUCUGGCAGUGAACAUGGUGUGGAAGAUGCGUCUGAGCCUAAAUGUGUACGAAUAGAGGAUAGUUAUUCUAAUGCAGACAUAGCAGGUCUUUUGGUGAACUCUUCUGAGUCGGUUGGUCUUCAUAGAAAGGAUAGCUGCUCAUCAGUGGAGCUCGAUGACCUGCUGAGUGAAGAGGACGAGGGAUAUGAAUCAUCAGAUGCUGUAUAUACUGAACAUUGCACUAGCGCUGACGGGUCUAGACUUGAUACUUCUUCCAAGGCUUUGCAAAUGGACAAGUCAGAAAGGAGAGUUUUGCCUGUUUCAUCUCUAUUGCCAAGUUCUAAUGUUAAGAAUGAUAUCGGGAAGUCAAAGGAAUCAUUUGAUCUGCCAGCAUCACCGAAGGAAGAUGUUGUUUCAACAAAGGAGUGUAACAUUACCGAUGUGCCUGACAGUGAACCAAGAGUAGAUAUACCUACCAAGCCAGAGAAACCAAAAAGGAGACUGUUGCCCGCCUCAGCUACCUUAUUAAGAAAUUUCAGUACCUUGGACCCUGAGGAUGAUAAUGAGAAACCAAAGGAGCUCGCAUUGUUGAAGCAAAUGUUAUACUUGCAGUACUGGUUCAUCUAUUAUGUGAUGAAGAUAUAA